UACAAAAAUGAAGGUGACUAAAGGAGGAGUGAGAAUGAGCCAAUCGCAGCCAUCUGGUGUCUGAACAGUCAGGAAACUGACAGGUAAACCGAAACUAAGCCAAAAACUGAUCGGUCAGCUGGAGAUUGAAGCAGAAUGUCUCAAACUGUCAUUCCCAUGAACUCUUCGACGCUCAUCAUACAGUUUCAACCGGCAACACAAACCGCUCUUGUUACGACACUCAAUGGUUUAAAUGUACAAGAGCCGGCAAGAGCUUCGCUUCGUCAAAGAUUCCAGAAAUUUCUAAGACGACAACCAAAAGCCCUUGGGACGGUCCAGAUAAUGAUCGGUUUGAUGACUCUCCUGUUUGGCAUCGUAUCUUCGGUUUAUGCAGACACUAUCUUUGUCUACAGCGGUUGUGCUUACUGGGGAUCUCUCAUCUACAUCAUCACAGGUUCACUCUGCAUUGCUGCAGAAAAUAAAAUCAAUUCACCCUCCAGUUCAUGUUUGGUGAAUGCAUCAUUUGCAAUGAACAUUUUCAGCAUUUUAACCACACUCGUUGCCAUGACUUUAAUUUCAAUGGAUUUGCUUAUAGGGUCAAUGAAUGCCUUCUGCCGUGGAUUUAACUGUCGUUAUUCAGAUAGAAGAUACGAGUCUUCCUUCAUGGGGUUUAGAGGUGUAUUGUUGUUAUUCACCGCACUUGAGUUUAUCAUCUCCAUCUGUCUGUCAACAUUCACCAGUAAUUGCAACAACUGCUGUUCAACUCGGGUUUUGCCACCACAGCCAUCUGAUUUCAUGCCGGUUCAUUUAGAUGAUUUUCAAAGCUCUGAGAUCCCUGUUUCCAUCAGCUAUACCAUCCCUGAACUGCCUACAGACCCUCCUCCACAAUACACUGAAUAAAACAUGAGAAAAAAAAAAGUUCCCUUAAGAAACAAGGCGAUAUAUUGGAAGAUAUGUGAUGCAAUAUGUAGUUUAUUUAUCAUAAAUGUAGAAGUAUUAUUAUAUAAACAUAAUAUUGGUUUAUAAUUAAAAGAAUGAUGACAUGUACAUAUGUAUUAUACACACGUUAUUACUUAAAUAUGGUUACAUUCAGUAUGAAAAGCAUUAUUCCUUAUUGCAUUACUCUAUAUUGAAUAAUGGAUAUUAUUCAGUGUACUAUCAAUAUACAUUAAACAAGUUAAUAUAUUAAUGAUUAAUAUACAAGAUGAUAUGUUUUCAUGUUUAAGGGUAUUGUUUCUGCAGUUGUGUGACAUUUGUUUCCCCACUCUCCAUUAUCUUCACGUUGUGCUUAUAAAAUAGGAAACAUUUCCUGGUCUUGAAUAGUUUAUACACAUGAUAUAAAAAGAAAAAGAAAAAAUAAUUUUUAAGUUGUUCAAGUUGUUCAAACCUUAAAA